AUGUCGUUCAGAAACCUCCCCCAUAUGCUGGAGGCAGUGGCUUCCCAGGAGUCCACUGGCCACAUCUUGACGUACUCUUCGGGAAACACAGACGUACCGCAGUCACGCUCCUACCACGAGCUCUUCCAGGCGGCAAGAAAGGCAGCCUGCCUCCUUCGUGCAAAAAAUGUUGGGGCACCGGGCUCGGUCGUUCUGCUGCAUUUCCAUACCCACUGGGAUGGGGUACUCUGGUUUUGGGCGGCCAUGCUGGCCGGGUAUAUCCCAGCGCUCGCAACACCUUUCUCCAAAAACCCAGACGUCCGCGCCCGCCAUCUAAAGCAUCUGGCGCAUACUCUCUCGCAGCCGACUUGCCUGACAACAGUGGCAGCAGGCCUGGAGUUCAGCGGACAGGAGUUCAUCACCCCCGUCUAUGUCGACUCGUUCGAUAUCGACGAACCGGCGACCGAGAGUGCCGACGACACCGCAAGCGAGCCCAGCGAUGCUGACAUCGCCGCUUUGAUGCUGACCUCCGGAAGCACCGGCUACUGCAAGGCAGUCACCCUGACGCACGGGCAGAUCCUGGCCGCCGUCGCGGGAAAGGCCACAGUGCUGCCGUCGCCGGAGAACACCUCGCUGCUGAACUGGAUCGCCCUGGACCACGUCGCCAGCCUGGUCGAAAUUCACCUUCUGGCCAUAUAUAAGGGCCGCGACCAGGUCCAUGUUGCGACCCCGGAUGUUCUGUCCAACCCGCUCCUCCUGCUGGAUUUGAUUGAUCGUCACCGAGUGUCCCAGACCUUUGCGCCCAAUUUCUUCCUGGCGCAACUCUGCGCCACCCUUCACGAUAGUCCCCCGACGCGUACCUGGGACCUGACCGCGCUGCGAUACCUCAAUUCCGGUGGCGAGGCCAACGUCACCAAGACCUGUGACCAAGUCUCCAAGUUACUCGGGGAGUAUGGGGCGCCGCCCAACGUGAUCGUCUGCGGGUUUGGAAUGACCGAGACCUGUGCGGGCGCCAUCUUCAAUCUGCAGGGUCCGGGGUAUGAUCUCGAACGCUCCCUCCCAUUUGCCUCGGUGGGACAGUGCAUGCCUGGGAUCGAAAUGAGGGUGACAGACGGUGACGAUGGCCAACCAACCGUCCUAUCCAGCGGGACGACGGGCAGGCUCGAGGUUACAGGGCCGGUCGUCUUCAAGGCCUACUUCAACAACGCCGCAGCGACGGAGACAGCCUUCACGGCGGACGGAUGGUUUCAAACGGGCGACCAGGCUGUGAUCGACGAAAACGGAUUCUUGCGGCUCGUCGGCCGCCAAAAGGACAUCAUCAUCGUCAACGGCGUCAAAUACAUCCCGCAGGAGAUUGAGUCGUCCAUCGACGAGGCCAACCUCCCCGGCGUGACCCCUGGCUUCACAUGCUGUUUCGCCUGCUUCCCUCCCGGCGGCGCAACCGAGGAGAUCGUGCUGGUGUAUCUCCCCGCUUACGAACCAGACGACAGCAAAGCGCGCGCGGAAACCACCAGUGCCAUUGCGCGCGUGGUCAUGAUGGCUGUGGGUGCACGACCGUCGGUCAUCCUCCCUCUGGAGCAGUCGCAGCUGCAGAAAUCAGCACUGGGCAAGCUACCUCGGGGCCGGAUCCAAGACGCCUACCGCCAGGGCGAGUUACAGAUGCAGCUGGUCGCCCAUUGCGAGCUCAUGAGCGCGUACCGUCGAGCAAACCACGAGCCGCCCACGAGCGAGCUGGAACAGCGUCUGGACACCGUCUUCCGGGCCUCGUUUCCGGACCUCCCCGAGGAGUUUGACGUGGAGUUCCCCAUUUUCGACCUGGGCAUCUCGUCCAUCGAGCUCAUCAAAUUCAAAAAGAACCUCGAAGAGCAUCUGGAGCUGCCGCAUGAGAUUCCCAUGGUGACGCUGAUGACCAAGCCAACCGUGCGGAUGCUGGCAGACGCGCUCCAGAGGGCCAGCGGCAGCGGCAGCGCCGACUGUAGCCAGGCGUAUGACCCGGUCGUGAAGUUGCAAAGUCACGGGGACAAGACGCCGCUCUGGCUGGUGCACCCGGGGGUAGGCGAGGUGAUGGUGUUCCUGAACCUGGCCAAGUUCCUCGUCGACCGGCCGGUGUAUGCGCUGCGCGCGCGGGGGUUCGAUCACGGCCAGAAGCCGUUCCAUACCAUCGCGGAGGCUGUGCGCACCUACCACACGCGCAUCAAAGAGACGCAGCCGCACGGCCCGUAUGCCAUCGCCGGCUACUCGUACGGGUCCAUGUUGGCGUUCGAGGUUGGGAAGGUCCUCGAGCGAGAGGGCGAUGAGGUCGCGUUCUUGGGGUCGUUCAAUCUACCGCCACACAUCAAGACGCGCAUGCGACAGCUCGUCUGGAAGGAAUGUCUGCUGCACCUGUGCUACUUCCUGGAUUUGAUAAAGGAAGGGCGCGCGCGGGAGCUGUCGGCGGACCUGGAUGACGGGUCCGGGGUCGAACCGCCUCGGCAGGAGAUCCUGGACCGGGUGCUCAAGGAGGUCGACCAUAAGCGGCUCACGGAGCUGGCGCUGUCAGCACCAGCUCUGAGCCAAUGGGCCAGUGUGGCAUUUGCUCUGCAGAGCAUGGCGGUCGACUAUGAACCGGACGGAGUAGUUGCCGGCAUCGACGUGUUUUACUGUCAUCCGUUGGCGAUAGUGGCGUCCUCGAAGGAGGAGUGGAAGGAGAACCAUCUGAGCAAGUGGGGGGAUUUCACGCGGUCUGAGCCCAGAUUCCACGAGGUGGGCGGCGCGCACUAUACAAUGUUGAAUACAGAGCAUGUCUUUGCGUUCCAGGAGACGCUACGGGGGGCGCUGGAGGCGAGGGGGUUAUGA